AAAAAAAAAAAAUUUCAAACAAAGAACAAAACAAAAAAAAAAGAAGGAAUACAAACGAUAUUCAUCCAAUAUUACCGUAAUAAAAAAAGGAUAUGACAACAACUUGUACAACAAUGACGGGUAAACCAUCUCAUCCGCCGGAUCAUAUAAAAAGACCAAUGAAUGCUUUUAUGGUUUGGUCUCGAGGCCAACGAAGAAAAAUGGCACAGGAUAAUCCGAAAAUGCAUAAUUCUGAAAUAUCAAAACGUUUAGGUGCUGAAUGGAAAUUAUUAACUGAAAGUCAAAAGAGACCAUUUAUUGAUGAGGCAAAAAGAUUAAGAGCACUACAUAUGAAAGAACAUCCAGAUUAUAAAUAUCGUCCAAGAAGGAAACCAAAAACUUUAACAAAAUCACCAAUACCACAUAGUAAUCAACAAAAUAAUCAUCAUCAUCAGCAUCAUCAUCAACAUCUUCCAAAUAAUCAUCGUAGCACAAAUGAAACAAAUAAUAAUAAUGGUAAUGUUAUUCAUCCAACAACAACACAACGACAUGCCGCUUCAUUUAAUAAUCCUUUUGAUUUAUCACAAGUUCAACGUCCACCUAGCAUAUAUCCAUAUUAUACAGGUUUAGAUCCAGCAUUACCUCAUACAAUAACACCAACAUUAGUUAACUUAGAUUUACAAGCUCGAUUACAUGGUCAUUUAUUAACAAUGGGUAAUUUAUAUCCAGCAUUAUCACCUUGGCGAUAUUUACCAUUAAUACAAGCCGAUACACCACCAUCACCUCCGGAAGAUAGUAAAGAAUCAUUGGUGCCGACAACAGCAACAUCUGCAUUAUUAUCAGCGUAUAGUGCUAGCGGGACAACUAUUCAAGCAACUAAAGAAUCACCACCAUUAACACCAAAUGGUGCAUCUCAACCAUUACCUAGUGUUAUAUGACCAACUCCAUUGCGCUUCAGCGCUACAGAGCACGCUGCCGUAUAAUCAGAAGCAGAAAAACUAUGUAUGUAAAAAAAAAAAUUAAUGAACAAAAAAGUUUAAAACAAAAUGUACGUAAUUUUUCAAUUAAAUUUAAAAAAAAAGUACUUUUUAAUAUACACA